GACUCGUACUUACAACGGACGCGACUGCGGAGUUAAAUCUCAUUCUCUGUCUAUCCCUACCAUUUCUUUUUCCUUUCUUCCCAUAUUGCCCUUGCCGGUUCCCCGACGACCCCGGCCCCGGUCCGUCUGAGAACCGGCUCUCCUUUCACUCCCGAAACCGCCGGUCCUCUGUCUGAAAAUCCGCCAUUUUCUCUCACUUCUUUCAGCUGAGAGAGAGAGAGAGAGAUAGAGAGAGAGAGAGAUUAUUGAUGAAAAUCCACGGAAGAAUCUGUCAUCUAUGAUGACCGGAUUGACUAGCGAGGAUCGAUGCGGGCGGCGGUGUUUGGGAAAGGCUCUCACAUGGAAUGGCAGAUCUUGUUAGCUACUACGGGAAUGCGGACCGUGAUGUCGUCGUUGAGCAGGCACUAAUUACUUUGAAGAAAGGGGCUCAAUUGCUCAAGUAUGGUCGUAAAGGGAAGCCCAAGUUUUAUCAUUUCAGCCUUUCUAAUGAUGAAUCGUCAUUGAUCUGGUUUUCAAGCAGUGGAGAAAGAAAACUGAAGUUAGCUUCUGUCUCAAAAAUUAUCCCUGGCCAAAGAACCUCGGUUUUCCAACGCUAUUUGUGCCCUGAGAAGGAGUACUUGUCAUUUUCUCUUAUAUACAACAAUGGUAAACGAUCACUGGAUCUGAUUUGCAAGGACAAAGUUGAGGCGGAGGUGUGGAUUUCAGGCCUAAAGUCAUUGAUUUCUUCAGGGCAAUGUGGACGUUCUAAAAUUGAUGGGUGGAGUGAUGGAGCACUUUAUCUCGGUGACAGUAAAGAUUUAACCUCCAAUAGUCCAAGUGACAGUUCCAUCGGUGCCCCUCCAGAUAUUAGCUCUCCAGAAACUUCUAUCAAUAGAAAAACAAAUUCAACAUCUAAAAGUUAUUCUCUUGAAAAUUCACAACAUUCUGAAAGGUCUGAUGUAGCAUUAGACCUCACAAAUAUGCAAGUGAAAGGAGCCACAUCGGAUGCUUUUCGAGUUAGUGUUUCAAGUGCUCCUAGUACUUCUAGUCAUGGUUCUGCACAGGAUGACUGCGAUGCAUUGGGGAAUGUAUACAUGUGGGGUGAGGUUAUAUGUGAUGACUCAGUACGAGGUGGGGGUUGUAAAAAUACUAAUUCUUUGAUUGUGAGAACUGAUGUGCUACUUCCCAGGCCCUUGGAAUCCAAUGUGGUUUUGGAUGUUCACCAUGUAGCGUGCGGGGUCCGGCAUGCUGCACUUGUUACAAGGCAAGGGGAAGUUUUUACAUGGGGUGAGGAGUCCGGAGGGCGCCUUGGCCAUGGAACUGGUAUUGAUGUCAUUCAACCUCGUCUUGUUGAAUCUUUAUCAUUCUGCAAUGCUGAUAUUGUCGCAUGUGGGGAGUUCCAUACCUGUGCUGUUACUGUGGCUGGCGAACUUUAUACAUGGGGAGAUGGUAUGCAUAAUGCUGGGCUUCUUGGUCAUGGUACUGACAUUAGUCAUUGGAUACCAAAGAGAGUUUCAGGUCCUUUGGAUGGACUUCCAGUUGCUUCAGUUACUUGUGGACCCUGGCAUACAGCCUUAGUGACAUCAACUGGGCAACUGUUCACGUUUGGUGAUGGAACGUUUGGUGCGUUAGGCCACGGUAACAGGGAAAGCAUUUCAUACCCAAGAGAAGUAGAAUCGUUGAUGGGGUUGAAGACAAUUGCUGUUGCAUGUGGAGUGUGGCAUACUGCUGCUGUGGUUGAGGUCAUUGUGGCACACUCUAGUGCCAGUAGUUCAUCAGGGAAGUUGUUCACUUGGGGUGAUGGAGACAAAAACCGUCUUGGACAUGGGGAUAAGGAGCCACGACUGAAGCCUACUUGUGUUCCUUCACUUAUUGAUUAUAAUUUUCACAAGCUGGCUUGUGGGCACAGCCUUACAGUUGGCUUGACUACAUCUGGGCAUGUUUUUACAAUGGGAAGCACUGUUUAUGGUCAACUCGGAAAUCCCCGUUCUGAUGGAAAGCUACCUUGCUUGGUAGAAGAUAAGCUUGUUGCUGAAUCUGUUGAAGAGAUUGCCUGUGGUUCAUACCAUGUAGCAGUGCUAACAUCCAAGAAUGAGAUUUACACAUGGGGAAAGGGAGCAAAUGGGAGAUUGGGCCAUGGUGACAUUGAAGACCGGAAAACACCUACACUUGUUGAAGCCUUGAAGGAUAGACAUGUUAAAUCGAUUGCGUGUGGUUCAAACUUCACAGCAACUAUAUGUCUUCAUAAAUGGAUUUCUGGUGCUGAGCAGUCUCAGUGCUCAGCCUGCAGACAGACAUUUGGAUUUACUCGAAAAAGGCACAACUGCUACAACUGUGGUCUAGUACACUGCCACUCUUGUAGUUCUCGAAAAGCAUUAGGAGCAGCUUUAUCUCCUAAUCCUGGCAAACCUUACCGUGUAUGUGAUUCCUGUUAUGGAAAGCUAAACAAAGUGUUAGAAGCUGGUCUUAAUAAUAACAAGAGGAAUAUUAUACCCCGUCUAUCAGGUGAGAACAAAGACAGGUUAGAGAAGGCAGAGAUAAAAUUAUCAAAGAAUGCAUUGCCCACCAAUAUCGAUUUGAUUAAGCAUCUGGAUACCAAGGCAGCAAAACAUGGAAAGAAGACUGAUUCCAUGUCUUUGGUUCGAGCUUCCCAAAUUCCUUCUUUGCUACCAUUAAAGGAUAUUUAUUUUCCUAGUGCAGUUGAUGUACGUCGAGCAGCUCCGAAACCGGCUAACACAUCUGCAGUUCAGUCAGGAAUCAACUCCAGAUCUGUUUCACCUUUCUCCAGAAGAUCUAGCCCCCCACGUUCUGCGACACCAAUUCCUACAACAUCGGGCCUUUCUUUUUCCAAAAGCAUUACCGAUAGUCUUAAGAAAACUAAUGAACUCUUGAAUCAAGAAGUGCAGAAAUUGCGUGCCCAGGUUGAUAGUCUGCGACAACGGUGUGAACUUCAAGAAUUUGAGCUGCAGAAGUCGGAAAAGAAAGCUCAAGAAGCUAUUGCAUUGGCUGCAGAGGAAUCUGCAAAAUCGAAAGCUGCAAAAGAAGUAAUAAAAUCCCUAACUUCUCAGCUCAAAGAUCUGGCCGAGAGGCUGCCUGCUGGGAUGUAUGAUACUGACAACAUAAUACCAGCAAACCUAUCAAACGGUGUGGAUCCAAAUGCUAUUCAUGACUCCGAUGCUUAUGGAGAACAACAUCAGUCGAGAACUGAUGCAAGCAAUGGUGCUUACUUGCCUUCUCCAACAGCAAUUGACUGUAAUGGGAUUUUUAGCGAAACUCAUUCGAGGAGAGUCAGUCUUGGAGCCAAUGAAUUGAGCAGUUACUUCCCAAAGGCCUCUCUGAACUCCAAUGGUAGGGAAGAACAUGCAGAUAUUGGACUGCGGAACGGUAAUGGAGGGAUGCUCACAACUAGCAGUAGGUCAGAAGAUGCUGAUGGCAAAGGACUCGAGCCUUUUCAAAAUGGCGACAAUGGUUCAAAGUCAAGAAAUCUUGCACCUGCAGCUAAUCAAGUUGAAGCAGAAUGGAUUGAACAAUACGAACCUGGUGUAUAUAUAACUCUUGUGGCACUACGGGAUGGAACUAGAGAUCUCAAGCGAGUGCGAUUCAGCCGGAGAAGGUUUGGGGAGCAUCAAGCGGAAACUUGGUGGUCGGAGAACCGCGAGAGGGUGUAUGAGAAAUACAAUGUCAGGGGAUCGGACAGGGCAUCUUCGGCAGCAUCUGUCCAGUCCGGACGCAGAUCGGAGGAAGUCUCUCCUUCAUCCCAGGCUUAGCAUCAUCAUCACUCUGUGCAGUAGGAAAUGCUUCAGAAAUUUUGGGUCAAGGUUCACAACUGAGGACGGACCGCCAUACUCCUUGCUAUAGGUGAAGCCAUGCUUUACAUUUUCUUUUCUUUCAUAUUUUUCUUAUUUAUCUUUUUUUGUUUUUUUUUUCAAAUUUCCUUUUGGGGUCCACCCUUACCUGUUGUAUUGUAGUGUAUAUAAGAAGCAUCCAUUGCGAUAUUGUAACGGGCGGAAAAGGUUUCUCUCA